AUGGCGCCUUGUUGGUCUCUGUCUGUUCUUCUCAUCCUGUCCAGAACCCUGGGUGUUUCUGCCGAGAGAUGGUGGGUGACUAUGAGUCAAGGCAGUGUCUGUGCUGUGGCUGGAUCAUCAGUGGUCAUACCCUGCUCUUUCACUCAUCCCUCUAAUCUCACAGUCAAUAAAGUCUACUGGGUGCUCAAUGCCAUACCGAACUCGUCAACUCGUGAUCUCUUAGAUCUCCCACAGUAUGCAGGUCGGGUGCAGUACAGUUUAGAUAAGGAGAGAAACUGCACACUGACUCUGAGUGAUGUGAGUGUCACAGAUACAGCUCAGUAUCAUGUCAGGAUUGAAAUAAACGCAUGGAACAAGCUAUCACGUCGUGUCAAUCUCACUGUCAAAGACCUUGCUGUCCAGGUUGCCGGAGCAGCAACUGAGGGACAUGUAGUAAAACUCAGCUGUAAUAGCCACUGCAUUUUAGAACAAAACUCCAAGAUAAUAUGGAAAAAGAAUGGGGAUAUUUUACCUGAUUCACAAACAAGCAAAAAAGAGCUGAUACUCCACAACAUCAGCACUGAGGAUGAGGGUAACUAUUCCUGUGCAUUACAAGGCAGAGAGGAUCAUCCAUCUCCACCAGUGAAGCUUAAUGUCUUGUACACUCCAAAGAACACCUCAGUUUCUGUCAGUCCUGCUGGUGAUAAACUUGAGGGCACUUCAGUGACACUAACCUGCAGCAGUGAUGCCAACCCACCAGUGGAGAACUACAGAUGGUACAGGCAGACUGGAGAUGAAACUACUGAAGCAGGCUCAGGGGAGACCAUCACCUUCACACUGGACACCACCUCUGCUGGACUUUACCACUGCGAGGCUAAAAACAGAAUAUCCUCUCAUAAUUCCUCUGCAGUUGAUGUCUCUUUGGCAGUGUACAGCUGA